AUGUUUAUGAGGGGUCUGUCAGAGUAACUUUAUCCUGUUAUCCUCUACAGGGCCAUGUUAAUGAGGGGUCUGUCAGAGAGUAACUGUAUCCUGUUAUCCUCUACAGGGCCAUGUUUAUGAGUGGUCUGUCGGAGAGUAAACAGAGUCAUGUUCACCUGAGGAACGUGGACCCAGCCACCCUGCAGAUCAUCAUCACAUAUGCCUAUACAGGCAACCUGGCUAUUAACGACAACACCGUGGAGCCCCUGUACGAGACGGCAUGCUUCCUCCAGGUAGGACACUACACACAGCAUCGUGAAACCCCUGUACGAGACGGCAUGCUUCCCCCAGGUAGGACACUACACACAGCAUCGUGAAACCCCUGUACGAGACGGCAUGCUUCCUCCAGGUAGGACACUACACACAGCAUCGUGAAACCCCUGUACGAGACGGCAUGCUUCCUCCAGGUAGGACACUACACACAGCAUCGUGAAACCCCUGUACGAGACGGCAUGCUUCCUCCAGGUAGGACACUACACACAGCAUCGUGAAACCCCUGUACGAGACGGCAUGCUUCCUCCAGGUAGGAUACCAGUCUCCUAUCCAUCCCUCCUACCGCUGUGGGUCUCAACAUUACUCUACCAAUGUGAAGUUCUGAUCUACAGAGGAAGACAUAUCCUAUAGAGAUUCGAUACGUAUCUAGAUAGAUGGGCUCCGAUACGACACAUGAACAAUUACGUUUUAGGGAUUAGGGGGGGGCAAUGCAGCCUAUGUUUUUCUGUCCCACCACUUUGGUUCUGAAAUCACCAAAACCCACUAAUUAGCACAUUAAGUGAUUGAGCUAGUAAUGUAUUAUUAUUUAUUGUUUACAAAUUAGCUAUGACAUAACCAAUAUAUAUAUAUAUAUAUAUAUAUCACAACUUUGAUUUCACCCCAUCUGGAAGUUUUUCUGGAGUGAUCUUCUCCUCUCGCUUUGGCCAUGCAGUGCGCCUCGCAAAAGUGAUUGUUGUCCUCAAUAUGAAAUUGUCAACUUUACCCUGUAUAUCUAAAAAUGACCAUAUACACUGAUAGUUUAAAUCAAAACUAUGGUGAACCUGAACAAUGGAAAUAAAAUAUAUUUGUAAUCCCCGUUCAGCAGGUAUAGCCAGAUGAGUUGUCUCCGGUAGCUGAACCAGCGAUUCAUAACAUUUUUGAAUUGAUUUUCUGACCGAUGCAUGCUACGUUUGGAUUGGUUUGGGGUCCGCAGACCGAUGCACUUGUAUCUUAAACGUUUGAAUCAUGUCUAUCGGUGAAUCGUUACAUCCCCUAGUAACCUACUCAUGACUUAAUCACUGACCCUCCUAUUUCUGAUCAGUUGACUCGGAGCGUUACUGAACGACUGAGGAGUAUGAAUAGGACUAAUGGACAGUGAUUGAUUAUUCUUACUAACAUAACCACAAUGUUGAUGUCUUGGUGGUUUUUCAUACUGUGGUUGACUGGUUCUCUAUAAUACUUUUGCCAUUUAAAAAAAAUGCUCUCAUCCAGUGACCUCAUCCAACUAAGGUUAGUAUUAAUAAUCCCCCCCCCUCCCCCCCCAAAUACAGGUUGAGGACGUGCUCCUGCAGUGCAGGGAUUACCUGGUGAAGAAGAUCCACGCAGACAACUGUGUCCGGAUGCUGAGCAUCGGGGACCUGUUCUCCUGUGUGGAGCUGAAGCAGAGCGCAAAGCGCAUGGUGGAACACAAGUUCUCCGUGGUCUACCGUCAGGAGGCCUUCCUACAGCUGUCCCAUGAGCUGCUGGCCGACGUACUGAGCUCAGACAACCUCAACGUGGAGAAGGUGACUACCUUUUUUUAUACUUUCUUCAUAUUGUUGGUUGUAAGUGUAUUUUCUACGGACUGUCGUCGGUAAAGCAUGGGUCUGUUCCAGAAAGCUGGAUCAAUGAGUUGGCCAGCUAACUGUCCAAAAUGGUUUGAAAUAACUUCAUCAUUUUGAGAAAUAUAGACUUGAAAUUGGCAUGGUAUAAUUGGCUUGAAGACAACAACCAAGAGUUAGCUUAUAUGUGGCUAACUUAAAGGGAUACUUCAGGAUUUUGGCAACGAGGCCCUUUAUCUACUUCCCCAGAGUCGGAUGAACUUGUAGAUACCAUUUGUAUGUCUCUGUGUCCAGUAUGAAGGAAGUUAGAGGUAGUUUGGCGUUAGCGCAAUGACCUGUAAUGCUAGCAGACACCCAGAGACUUCCAGUCAUUGCGCUAACGGCAGUUAGCAAUUGUGCUAGCGCUAGUUAGCAACUUCUUUCAAACUGCUCACAGAGAUAUAAAAAUGGUGUCCACGAUUUCAUCAGACUCUGGGGAAGUAGAUAAAGGGCCUCAUUGCCAAAAUCCCGAAGUAUCCCUUUAAUAGUCCUGCUUUCUGGAAUACUCCCCAAAUGACCGCCCCUGGGAUGAUAAACAUUCUCUACUCUUCUCUCAGGAGGAGACGGUGAGAGAGGCAGCCAUGCUGUGGCUUGAGUACAACAUGGAGGCUAGGUCCCAGUACCUCUCUUCAGUGCUCAGCCAGAUCCGCAUCGACGCUCUGUCUGAGGUGACGCAGCGCGCCUGGUUCCAGGGCCUACCUCCUAACGAUAAGUCUGUCGUGGUGCAGGGCCUCUACAAGUCCAUGCCCAAGUUCUUCAAACCCCGCCUGGGGAUGACCAAGGAGGAGAUGCUCAUCUUCAUGGAGGCUACGUCAGAGUCGCCGGCUGACACGGGUCAGGUGACGGCGGGCCCCAACCACACGGUGGUGUGUUACAGCCCGCAGGCCGAGAAGGUCUACAAGCUCAGCAACCCGCCCGGCGACCUCCAGAAGGUGGGAACGCUCGUCACCCCCGACAACGACGUGUUCAUCGCCGGCGGGCAGAUCCCGCUGAAGAACUCGAUCGCCAACCACAGGAAGAGUGGUAGCAAGAUACAGGCAGUGUUCCGAUCGGUGGACAGCUUCUUCUGGUUCGACGCCCAGCAGAACGCCUGGGUGCCCAAGACGCCCAUGCUGUGUGCCCGCAUCAAGCCCUCGCUGGUCUACUGCGAGGGGUACAUCUACGCCAUCGGGGGGGACAACGUGGGCGGGGAGCUGAAUAAACGUACCGUGGAACGCUACGACUGUGAGAAAGACGAGUGGGCCAUGAUGUCUCCUCUCCCCUGCGCCUGGAACUGGACCACGUCCGUAGCAGCCCACGACUGUGUCUACGUAAUGACCCACGACCUCAUGUACUGCUACUUCCCCCGCGCUGACACCUGGGUAGAGAUGGCCAUGAGGAAAACAAGUCGCUGCUUCGCCUCCGCCGCCGCCUUCGGUGACCUCAUCUUCUACAUCGGAGGGCUCCACGUGGUCAGCAACUCCGGUGUCCGCAUGCCUACCAGCACCAUCGAUGGCUCCUCGGUCACCGUGGAGAUCUAUGACGUCAGCAAGAACGAGUGGCGCCUGGCCGCCAACAUCCCUGCCAAGCGUUACUCGGACCCGUGCGUGCGGGCCGUGGUCCUCCUGGGCUCUCUCUGCAUCUUCAUGCGCGAGACUCACAUGAAUGAGCGCGCCAAGUACGCCAUCUACCAGUACGAUCUGGAGCUGGACCGCUGGUACCUGAGGCAGCCUGUUUCUGAGCGCGUGCUCUGGGACCUGGGGAAGGACUUCCGUUGCGCCGUGGGGAAGCUGUACCCAUCCUGUCUGGAGGAGUCCCCAUGGAAACCACCCACCUACCUGUUCUCCCCCGACGGGGCCGAGGAGUUUGAGGUGGACGGGGAGAUGGUGUCUCUCCCUCAUAUAUAGCUCUUAACCUUUCACCUCUGAACUCUGGAUGUGACAUGUUAGAGGGUGGAGGGAUGCCCCUGAAGUCCAGGGGGGUUGGAGGAGUAGAGUACCACAGUACUGAGAAACUAAACGGUUUGGUAUCUGACAGCUACUAGGCUUGCUGCAUUUAAAGGCUGUUCUGCCUGGCUGGCUGUUGCUGACAAACAAACAAUAUUCAAAAUGGAGGAGACAAAUGGAAGAACUAGUUGCCAGUUGCAACUUCAAAAAAUAACAAGUCUGUUUCAACAAUGUGAUAAUCAAAAGUCAACUGAUAUGUGAUGAUGAUGCACUUACUGGGGAAAAUGUCCUUGGAAUUCCGAUGGAAACUGUACCAAAAUCCCC